AGACUGCCCUUAUUUUGCCACCAAAUAUUUACUGAACAAAUACAACUCAUUCUCAAUUCUGCUACACUUUCACCACCAAACAAAUGGGUAAUGAUAUCUUAUACAGAUGAAGAAGAUGAAGAUGAAUAUGAUUCAACUUCUGGAAUAACAUCUUCUAAUUCAUUAGCUUCUAGUAAUAUUUUAAAAAAACAAACCACAUUAUCCAAAUAUGUUGGUCGUUCACUUACUGCUUCAGAAAUUUCUAAAUUUGAAUGUCUUAAAGAAUUAUUAAUUGAUGAAGAGUUUGAAGAAGAACAAGAUGAUCUUGAUAUUGCCGAUAUUGAUUUUCUUGAUUCAGAAACACAUUUUGCUGAAAAUCAAGCUGCUAAAUGGAAAUUACAUGAUUUGUUUUUACUUAAUUUACGUUUUCCAUUUGAAUAA